ACCACCCAGGUUUUUGGAGCCUGUUCUGGCACCGCAUUAAAGUUUGUCAAGUCUGUGUCAGUCCCACUUUACAAUACACAGACCUUAUACCAUGUGUCAGUCCCACUUUACAAUACACAGACCUUAUACCAUGUGUCAGUCCCACUUUACAAUACACAGACCUUAUACCAUGUGUCAGUCCUACUUUACAAUACACAGACCUUAUACCAUGUGUCAGUCCCACUUUACAAUACACAGACCUUAUACCAUGUGUCAGUCCCACUUUACAAUACACAGACCUUAUACCAUGUGUGUCAGUCCUACUUUACAAUACACAGACCUUAUACCAUGUGUCAGUCCUACUUUACAAUACACAGACCUUAUACCAUGUGUCAGUCCCAGUUUACAAUACACAGACCUUAUACCAUGUGUCAGUCCCACUUUACAAUACACAGACCUUGUACCAUGUGUCAGUCCCACUUUACAAUACACAGACCUUAUACCAUGUGUGUCAGUCCUACUUUACAAUACACAGACCUUAUACCAUGUGUCAGUCCCACUUUACAAUACACAGACCUUAUACCAUAUGUGUCAGUCCCACUUUACAAUACACAGACCUUAUACCAUGUGUGUCAGUCCCACUUUACAAUACACAGACCUUAUACCAUAUGUGUCAGUCCCACUUUACAAUACACAGACCUUAUACCAUGUGUCAGUCCUACUUUACAAUACACAGACCUUAUACCAUAUGUGUCAGUCCCACUUUACAAUACACAGACCUUAUACCAUAUGUGUCAGUCCCACUUUACAAUACACAGACCUUAUACCAUGUGUGCCAGUCCUACUUUACAAUACACAGACCUUAUACCAUGUGUGUCAGUCCCACUUUACAAUACACAGACAUACCAUGUGUGUCAGUCCUACUUUACAAUACACAGACCUUAUACCAUGUGUGUCAGUCCCACUUUACAAUACACAGACCUUAUACCAUGUGUGUCAGUCCCACUUUACAAUACACAUACCUUAUACCAUGUGUGUCAGUCCUACUUUACAAUACACAGACCUUAUACCAUGUGUGUCAGUCCCACUUUACAAUACACAGACCUUAUACCAUAUGUGUCAGUCCUACUUUACAAUACACAGACCUUAUACCAUGUGUGUCAGUCCCACUUUACAAUACACAGACCUUAUACCAUAUGUGUCAGUCCUACUUUACAAUACACAGACCUUAUACCAUAUAAACUGGAUGGUUUGAGCCCUGAAUUAUGAUUUGCUGAAAGCCAUGGUAAAUCAGACCUAAUACAAUAGGUAUGACAAAUAUUAAUUGAACUGCUCUAAUUACGUUGGUACCACACCCCCUAGAGUUUUGUGUAAAUAACUGGUAAUACACAUGUUAUUACAUUGAGUGUGUAUUGUCUGAAAUGUCUUGGUUGGUGAACAACCAUUGAGUUGUAUGUACAAUACUAUAGCCACAAGGACUUCACUGUAAUGUGUCUUUUCAUAAUUGCCAUGAACCACUUUGGAAAAACCUGGUCACAAUGAUUCUGUCACAAACUGAAAUUAGGGGGAACUGUUUGAAUUUUAGCAACCAGGAAAUGGCGGUGUGAUUUCUGCAUAGUGCAUCUUUAAGUUUAGCAAAUGUAUUUAGUUUGACGUCAUUACUGUUAAUAAAUGUUCCAAUAAAAACAU